AUGGGAAGACAACCUUGUUGUGAUAAAGUAGGGUUGAAGAGAGGUCCGUGGACUAUUGAUGAAGAUCACAAGCUCAUGAAUUUUAUCCUCAACAAUGGCAUCCAAUGCUGGAGAAUGGUCCCCAAACUUGCAGGCUUGCUGAGAUGUGGAAAGAGUUGCCGAUUAAGAUGGAUUAAUUACUUGCGGCCUGAUCUUAAAAGAGGGGCUCUAUCAGAAUCAGAAGAAAAUCAAAUCAUACAACUUCAUGCCCGUCUUGGAAACAGGUGGUCUAAGAUUGCCUCACAUUUUCCGGGACGCACAGACAAUGAAAUCAAGAACCACUGGAACACUAGAAUCAAGAAGAGGAUAAAGUUCAAUGGUUUAGACCCCUUGACUCACUUGCCUGUCGAGCAAGAAGAAAAAAUUGAAGACAAAAUUGAGACAAUUCCAGAGUCUAAUUUGCAAAAAGAAGAAGAAAACGAGACCUUGGAUGUUACAGCUACUGUUAAUAACAAAGCUAAAAGAGAUGAUCCAGAAAUGGAUGAAAAAGAAAAAGAAGUUAACACGAACUCUGAUGAAACAAAUGAACUGCUGAAGAAUUAUGAAAUGUUGUGUGGAAGCUUGGAUGUAGACUUAUGGAUAGACCAAGAAGACAACACAUUCAAUACUUGCAGCCCUUCAUUUUCUCGGGAAGAUUCUCUCAAUCCUUCAAUAGGUGAAUCAUCCACAGCCAAAGAAGACUCUCUGCAACAAUGGGGGUUUGACAGUGUCUAUUCAAUGCUUUCUUGGGAUGGUUUCAAUGCACUAGAACAAGAGCUCUUCCUUAUGGAAAACAGCCAAUGA